AUGCGCUCCACCUCGCACGAGAACUGCACGAUCAUCACCACCAUCAACGCCGCCGGCGCCGUGUUGGCCCCUACCAUCAUCUUCAAAGGGCAACGCUUCAACGGAGAUUGGGUCGCGGAUCUCAACGGCCCGCCGGGUGCGUUCUACGACUGCACGGAGUCGUCCUUCAUGUGUGGUGACGUGUUCAUCGAGUACAUCAAGAACUUCCACAAGCAGCUCAGCGACCGCUACUUGCUCGACGGAAAAGCCCAUGUGCUCGUGCUGGAUGGGCACACGUCGCACGUGAGCUUGGACGUCAUAGCGGGCGUGGAGGCGGCGGUUCUGGCCGCGGUGGGAGAGGGGAGGGAGGGGCGGGAGGGGUAGGAAUCACCGGGGGUCAGUAUUCGGCGGCUUCCGUAUCUCGAUCGGGACGAGCCCACAAGCCGACACCCGUAGUGGAUGUGUAGGUGCUUUCGUGGGGUGUUAGCUGUGCACAACCACGCGGUAUCGGGGUAGAGUCUGCAACAAAUGGCUUGAAAUUAGUGUGUGGAAUCAUUUUCCGUCCGUUGAGGGUUAAAUAUAGUUUACGAGGCUGCGUCAGCCAAUUUGGGUGUCAAACCAGCACCAGGGGGGG